UGAGACGGGAGGCGAAAGAGUCCAAGCUCCCAGCAUCAGCUCAGUCUCAUUUUAUCUCACGGCCAGGGAGAAAGUUGCAGAGAAGAGAAGCGGUGUGGAAGAGUCGGGCAGUCUACAAGGAUCUAACUACUUAUCUUUUAUCUCCCGAAAACAAGGUUCACCGUAAAUUUCACAAAGUUGUACCUCUGAAGUAAUCCGAACGAGGUGUAAUCUAAAAAAAAUGGCUCCCGUCGAUAUGGACGCAUUGAAAAGCAAGAAAGUUCCCAUCAUUUGGGUUCUUGGAGGUCCUGGCUCUGGAAAGGGAACUCAAUGUGAACGUCUCAUCCAACGUUAUGGGUUUCAACACUUGUCAUCAGGAGACUUGCUUCGUGACGAGGUUGCCUCCGGGUCAGCGAAAGGAAAAGAGCUCAAUGAGAUGAUGAAGAACGGUGUUCUUGUUCCUCGUGCGGUAGUAUUGGAUUUGAUUAAGCAGGCUAUGCUGAAAAAUCUAGGAAGCGCUAAAGGAUUCUUGAUCGAUGGUUACCCACGUGAAGUGGAACAAGGAGUGGAUUUUGAGGACCAGAUUGCUCCAGCUGCGUUGGUCCUUUACUUUGAUUGUUCGGAUGAGACAAUGACAGAACGUCUCCUUUUCAGAGCAAAGAGCUCUGGGCGUGCCGACGAUAACGAAGAAACAAUCAAGAAGCGUUUGGUAACUUUCCACCAAUGUUCCGAACCCGUCAUCAAGAAAUAUGCCGAGAAGUGCGUGAGUAUUUCCGCUAAUACGGAUGUGGAUACCAUUUCAAAAAAAUGCUUUGAAAGUGUGGACAAAACGCUGAAAGAUCUCGGUCUCCCUGUACCUUCUAAUUAAAGUUUAAAUUGAAAACCAUGCUUUUCCCAACACAAAAUAGGCUCAUGAAGAAUAUUAUAUUGCUGAUUUACUGGUUGAAAAGGUGAUGUUAGCUGUACUAAUUAGACUUGAUUUCGCCCUCAUAAUUAUUAUUGUUAAAAGCAAUUUGUUGUUUAAAGACAAUUCCACACAGGUCCUAAUAAGAAGUACUUAAUAAAUGUAAAUUUUGUUCUUUAUUCCAUUCAA